CUUGAAAAUUUUGAAUUUUUAAAAGUUCUGGGGAAAGGAACGUUUGGAAAGGUAAUUCUUUGUAGAGAAAAGGCGACAGGACAUUUAUACGCUAUCAAAAUUUUAAGAAAGGAAGUUAUUAUCCGUAAAGAUGAAGUGGCACAUACACUUACUGAAAACAGAGUAUUACGUACUACUAAUCAUCCCUUUUUAAUCUCUUUGAAAUACAGUUUUCAAACGGCAGACAGGCUGUGUUUUGUUAUGGAAUAUGUAAAUGGUGGCGAAUUAUUUUUCCAUUUGAGUCGGUCACGUGUAUUUGGCGAAGAUCGUACUCGAUUUUAUGGCGCAGAGAUUAUAUCGGCCUUAGGAUACUUGCACUCGCAAGGGAUUAUAUAUCGUGAUCUCAAAUUGGAAAAUCUCCUCUUGGACAAAGACGGGCAUAUUAAAAUUGCUGACUUUGGUCUGUGCAAAGAAGACAUUACAUACGGGAGAACAACAAAGACAUUUUGCGGGACACCAGAGUAUUUGGCACCGGAAGUACUUGAAGAUAACGACUAUGGACGAGCUGUAGAUUGGUGGGGUGUGGGUGUAGUCAUGUAUGAAAUGAUGUGUGGUCGAUUACCUUUUUAUAACAAAGAUCAUGAAAAGCUGUUUACGCUUAUUUUAUUGGAAGAAGUAAGAUUUCCUAGGAUGAUUAGCAAUGAAGCAAGAGAUAUGCUUGGUGGUUUAUUAAUAAAGGAUCCAAGUAGAAGAUUAGGUGGGGGACCUAAUGAUGCGAAGGACAUCAUGAAUCAUGCAUUUUUCUCGUGUAUCAAUUGGACAGACCUUGUCCAGAAGAAGAUUCCUCCACCCUUUAAGCCGCAAGUGACUUCAGAUAUUGACACUCGAUAUUUUGAUAGUGAAUUUACCGGCGAAAGUGUUGAACUUACACCCCCGGAUCAGGGCUGUUUGGGUAGUGGAGGGGGUUUAAAAUCAAUAGCAGAAGAACAAGAACAUUUUCCUCAAUUUUCAUACCAGGAAAGUCAUUCAAAUUCGGCAACAAAUUCUUCUUCCAUUGUUUCUAUUAAUCACUGACAGUGUCAAGUGUCUUGCUUAAUUAAUGUAAUGAGAGAUGUGGUUUUCAAUGCAUGAAAAACCUCGAGCAAAAUGAUUUAAUUACGAUAUGUAUAUGACGAUUGUCUGCAAAGCUUGAAAUUUUUCCAAUAGGCGGAUCAAUCAAAUUAUCUUUCUUUAUGAUGCUUUUUUUUUAUGCAUCUUAAGAGAUUGUCACAUAUCUCCAAUGGCAAAAGAAUUAGAUUUAUGCGUAUAAGUGUGCGCGCGCAUAUUACACCUAUACACAUAAUUAUUCAAUAAAAUUGUAUAUGGCAAAAUGUAUACUAUAAGAUUAGAUUGAGAUAGUAUGAUUAAUAUUUGCAUAUAGACUCGAAGGAAUAUGACAGGGAUUAAAUUACGUUCUUAAUUGAAUCGAAUUAACUAAAAUUCCUUGAGACACGUAUUGUGAAUAUUGAAUAAUUUUCUUGUCAUCAAGGAACGUGCGGUAAUCGUAAGUAUAAUCUUUCGUUUCACAAAAGCUGCACUUGACACUUUCCAUCUUCAUUAUCACUUACCUUAUUUAUGGAAGGGCAGUUCCUGAUCUUUUUUUAAUUCAAUAGAUGACUGUUACGGCAGAUGCCAAAAUAGAAAAAUUGCAAGUGGCAAAGAGCCAACGAAAAAGAAAAUGGUUUGUCCAUUGUGAAAGUAGAAUGUGUAGUAAAAUAUCAGCUUUAAUUGAAUUAUUGUAUAAAUUGGAGGUCACUUUUUUAGCCUUAUGUAAAUUGUCAUUAUUAUGACUGAUAAUAAUUGGAGAUGUGCGAGUAUUCGAAAAUUCUGGGCUGUAUAGAAUUCGGAGUACUUGUUCGAAACAAAUGUUUGACUAUUUUUGGAAUUGCUUGGAAAAGGAAGUUGUUUAAAAGAGAAACUUGGCUUAAAUAUUUUCUACCUACAUUACUUCCCAACUAUGAAAAUAUAUUAACUUAAUGGUAGAUGCAUUAUGCGUAUAGAAAAUGAUUAGAAAUUAAAUUCUCUAUUAGAUUGCUGCAAUUGGAUAUUUUAUCGAAUCAUGAGCUUAAAACUUAGUAAAUAGACACUCGAUUCUAUAAUUAUUCAAUAUAGCUUAAAGUCUAAAAGAUGAAAACUUUAUGUAAGAUUCUAUUAUAGCUUAUUUACUUUCACUGGCUAAGACAUUUGGAAAAACCUUUGAAUCUUGAAAAAUUCGAAAAUUUUGGAAAAUCUUUGGAUUAAAAAAUUAAUA